AUGUGGUGCCAGCAUUAUUUAAUAUUGCAGCAUCCGAUACCGCGCAGCGGGUAUUUUAGUCCAAGCAAUUCAAAAGUGGAACAAGCGACAUGUCGUUUCUGCAGUAGAGAAGCACAAACAAGCAUGAGCAUGAAGAUCCGGUUGAGUAGUAGGCAAGAUACUAUUGUCAUCCUUGACGCCCUUCAGAUAACGGUGGAUGACACAAACGGUUUGGCUCCUGACCGCCGUAGAGCUCUUCAAUCACAGCUGGUAACUCUGUCCUGUUUUCCAUCUCUGAAAGUAUCCUACGGGUUCUCAAUUGUGUACGCGACCCACGUCAUUCCACGACUACAGCAGCGAGUCGCAGCCUGCGUGACGCAAAACACGAAGAACGAGCGUCAACCGGAAGUUGAGAAUCUCGUUUCAACCUCGAUAAAGUGCUUAUCCGGGCAGAUACGUGAACUAAAAAGUGUGAUACAAUCUCAGCAACUCCGAGUCCCAGAACUGGUCUUAAAACAAACAGGAUCCCAGCUCAACAUCAUGCAGCGUCUAGCGACAUCUCGCUAUGAUCUUCAAAAGUCGGUCCUCGAUAAGGUGGUCAAGAAAACGAAACGGUUGACUACCUGUCGAGCCUUUCAUGACGAGCUUUCCAGCCAAUUUUCGAGCUUACACUUACGGUUGAAGGAAAGUAGCAGUGGAAAAGCUUGGAAAGACGAUAAGUCAAAUCGGUUCCGUGGAGUGGCCACCGGUAGAAUGAGCACAGGAAUGCAAGACUGUUAGAAACAUCGAGACACACGGUGCACGUUGCCGAUCCAUAAUUUACAGCUAGCGCAUGAUUCAUGAUGUUCGCCUCGGCACUGUCGUUCUCAUGAUUGUAGCUAGCAGAAAUUUUGGGUACCCUGCGCUGGUACUCAGUCUUUUUAUAAGGAUUAUUUGCAUAUACCAACCAUCAAAGAAACGCUCGAGGAAUCGCACGAGACGGAGCGUCUCAGGGGCACUCUGCAGCUUUGGAUUUUCUUUUUCAGGCAAAAAUGAUCGGUUGAACGAGCGAGGAUGACUGAUGUUAUAUAUGUCAGGCGGCGAACUAGCUGCAGUAAAAUUAAUUCAAAAGUAUUCGGUUACUGU